GUAAGUCGGAGUGGAAUUACUUCAGUUGGCAGCUGCUAUCGGGAGAAGUGACCCGCUUGCGAGCAGCUCGUUAGUUCUAUUCAUUCUGGUAGUUUGAACUGACGAGAAGGUAGGUGCUGUGACUAGUACCGAUUAAGAGAAGGGUCAGACCUGCUUAAUGGAGGCUGCUGUUUACACCGAAUCUCUUCGAGCGGGAGGCGGAGAGAAGAAACAAACAAUGGCGGCUGCACCAGCCACCAUGGAGACAGCUAAGCUCCUAAAAAAAAUUUAUUCAUGGGAUGUGGACCUUGCUGGUUGGUGAGCAUUUAAUGCCUGCCUCCUAGAUGCUGUGGUGAAGCUUAUGGUGAGCUGCCUUCUUGGGCCACUCCAGUUCCUUUGGGAGGAACAGGCAAAGCUACGAUUUGAGAUGGAGCUGGAGUUUGUGCAGUGUCUGGCGAACCCGAACUAUCUGAACUUUCUGGCACAACGAGGGUACUUCAGAGACCGAACGUUUGUCAAUUACUUCAAGUAUCUCCUGUACUGGAAGGAGCCAGAAUAUGCCAAGUACCUGAAGUACCCCCAGUGCCUCCACAUGCUGGAACUGCUACAGUAUGAGCACUUCCGCAAAGAGCUGGUCAAUGCGCAGUGUGCCAAAUUCAUCGACGAGCAGCAAUUACUGCACUGGCAACAUUAUUCACGGAAACGGGUGAGACUCCAGCAAGCACUGGCUGAACAGCAGCAGCAGAACAUCACGUCCAGCAAGUGAGGGGACCGUGCUGUGGGCUGAGGGCCAGGCAGGUGCUUUGAAGGAACCUGUGACAGAAUGUGUGAGGAAGCCCUGUCCUGCAGUGAUAACACACAGACAUUUAAUUCAGUGGCGUGGAGAGAUUCUGGGGAGUGAGGGGAGGACAAGCCUCCCCUCCGUAUUUCUGUUACAUGAAGCGCUGAUUAACACGAAGGAGCCUAUUGAGCUGAGUGCCUCCUGUUCACCUUGACUGGAGGUAACAAUAAUGUAGUUGCCUCUUGGACUCAGAAGCUAAAUUCAUCAAGGUUAAUUCCUGAAAGUUAACUUAGAAGUUGCAGAGCAGAUCACAGCCAUAUUGGGGAGUGUUAGGUUUUUAUAUGUGAAUAGUACAAUGUAAUGUAGUUAUCACAAAGAUUCACAUCUGAGUGAGAGUCAUUCUGUGAAAUAAUAAACCAAUGGUUACUGUGA